AUGCCAAACGAACUGGAGUGCACACCAGAGCUGCCCGCCGCUGAGCGCGCUCUGUUUCUGGAAAAGGUACGACAGUCGAAUGCGGCUUGCCAAAGCGGAGACUUUGCCACCGCGGUGCUACUCUACACGGAUGCAUUGCAGCUGGAUCCAAGCAAUCAUAUAUUGUACAGCAAUCGCUCAGCAGCUCGCCUUAAGCAAGGACAAUUCGCUGCUGCACUGCAGGACGCCACCCAGGCGCGUGAAUUAUGCCCACAAUGGCCCAAGGCGUACUUUCGCCAAGGCGUGGCUCUUCAGUGUCUCGGCCGCUAUGGUGAGGCUCUGGCAUCGUUUGCUGCGGGCUUGGCGCAAGAGCCGACACAUAAACAGCUGCUGGCAGGUCUCGUGGAGGCUUCUCUGAAGAGCCCCCUACGAUCGACCCUGGAGCCUACGUUUCAACAGCUGCGUGCCAUGCAACUGGAUCAGUCACCCUUUGUGGUGGGCUCUGUGGUGGGUCAGGAGCUGCUGCAGGCGGGGCAAUAUCAAGCCGCUGUCGCUGUACUGGAGGCUGCUCUGCGCAUUGGCAGUUGCUCUCUCAAGCUACGUGGCUCUGUUUUCAGCGCCCUGAGCUCGGCGCACUGGGCGCUCAAUCAACUGGAUCAGGCCAUUGGAUACAUGCAGCAAGACCUGGCAGUGGCGAAGUCACUUGGAGAUACCGCAGGCGAGUGUCGAGCCCACGGAAAUCUGGGCUCUGCAUAUUUUAGUCAAGGCGCCUAUAAGGAAGCCCUAACAGCGCAUCGCUACCAGCUGGUGUUGGCCAUGAAAUGCAAGGACACGCAAGCAGCAGCAACGGCGCUCACCUCUCUUGGUCAUGUGUACACAGCCAGUGGCGAUUAUCCAAAUGCUCUUGCUUCACACAAACAAUGUGUGCAACUGGUCAAGCAAUUGGGGGAUCGCUUGCAGGAGGCCCGCGAGAUUGGAAAUGUGGGUGCGGUCUAUUUAGCCUUGGGAGAAUGUGAUGCCGCUCUGGAUUGCCAUACGCAGCACUUGCGACUCGCUCGCAAGCUGCACGAUCAGGUUGAGGAGGCACGUGCCUACUCCAAUCUCGGUUCUGUGCAUCAUCAGCGGCGCCAAUUCGCUCAAGCCGCUGCCUGCCAUGAGCAGGUGCUGCGAGUUGCUCAAUCACUUGGAGAUCGCAGCAUUGAGGCAAGAGCUUACGCCGGUCUGGGACACGCAUCUCGUUGUGCCGGUGAUGCGAACGCCUCUAAACGCUGGCAUGAACGUCAGCUGGCCAUGGCUUUAGCUGCCCGUGACAAAGUGGGCGAAGGACGAGCUUGCUCCAACUUGGGUAUCGUUUACCAGUUGCUGGGCGCACACGAUGCCGCUUUAAAGUUACACCAGGCCCAUUUGGGCAUUGCCCGCGCUCUAGGAGAUCGUGCGGGCAUGGGACGAGCUUAUGGGAACAUGGGCAAUGCUCAUGCUGCAGCAGGAGCUUACGAGGCUGCUGUAAAAUACCACAAACAGGAGCUAGCCAUUAGCCAGGCUGUGAAUGAUCGCAGUGCCGAAGCGGCCACUCAUGGCAAUCUGGCCGUAGCAUAUCAGGCCUUGGGCGCUCAUGAUGCCGCUUUGGUUCACUAUCGUGCUCAUCUGGCGACUGCCCGUUCUAUCAAAGACGCGGCAGGUGAAGCAUGCGCGCUUUUAAAUUUAGGAAACUGCUUGAGCGCUAGACAAGAAUAUGCCGCCGCAGUGCCUCAUUACGAGAGUUACUUGAUGUUGGCCCAGGAACUAGGAGAUGUGGCUGCCGAAGGAAAGGCUUGCCAUCUUCUGGGCUACGCCCACUACUGUCUCGGCAACUACCGUGCUGCAGUGCGCUAUUAUGAUCAGGACUUGGCUCUAGCCAAGGAUGCACAGCAUCGACCACAUAUGGGACGCGCCUACUGUAAUCUGGGACUGGCACACCUCGCCUUGGGACACACAGCGGCUGCUCUCGAGUGUCAACAACUUUUUUUGGCCGUAGCUCAUGCUACCGGACAGCUGACAGCUAAGUUUCGUGCGCUCGGCAACAUUGGCGAUAUUCUCAUCAGAACGGGCGCUCACGAGGAGGCCAUCAAGCUGUACCAGCGUCAAUUGGCCCUAACAAGGGCGGCGGGUGAACGCUCCAUGGAAGCAUCCGCCUGCAACGCUCUUGGUCUUGCCCAUCGAUUGCUGCGACGCUGGGAUAAGGCUUUGAGCUAUCAUACGCAGGAACUUACGCUACGCCAGGAGCUUGGCGAUCUAACAGGCGAAUGUCGCGCCUAUGGCCACCUUGGGGCUGUUCAUAUGGCACUUUGUAGCUGGACGCAUGCAAUUCAGUGCUAUCAGGACCAGUUAGAACGCGCCCAACAGCAACGCGAUGCAGCUGUGGAAGCGCAAGCGCAUGGAAAUAUUGGAAUUGCCCAUCUUAAUAUGGGACACUAUGAGGCCGCCAUAGGGUGCCUAGAGACACAACUGGGUACACUGGAACGUGUGGCGUUGCCUACGACACCGUCGGACCGAGCUCGUGCACUUGGUAAUCUAGGUGAUUGCUAUGCUGCUCUGGGUGAUUAUGAAGAGGCGCUGAAGUGUCACGAACGACAAUUGCAACUGGCGCUGGGAAUGACCAGUCAUCGAGAUCAGGAGCGAGCUUAUCGGGGAUUGGGUCAUGCAAGGCGUGCUCUCGGCCAACUGCCUGCUGCACUGGUUUCCUUAGAAAAGCGUCUGGUGGUGGCGCAUGAGCUUCACAGUGCAGAGAUUAAAGCCUUGGCUUACGGAGAUCUAGGGCACGUGCAUUCUGCGCUUGGCAAUUACGCGCAGGCACUUAGUUGCCUAGAGCAUCAGCGGGAACUUGCCCGCGGUCUGGAGGAUCGCGUUUUAGAGUCAGAUGCGAUAUGUGCCUUAGGUCAAGUGCAUCAACGAAUGUCGGAUCACGAGGCUGCUCUACGUCUGCAUCUUGAGGACCUGCAGUUAUGUUCCGAGCUGAUGCCAUCGUUGCAGGCCAGAGCUCUUGGCAAUCUUGGAUCAGUGCAUGAAGCACUGCAGCAACAUGACGAAGCACUCAAGUGUUAUGAGCGACAAUUGUCGCUGACCACGGACCGACUAAGCAAGGCAUUGGCCUGUGGCUCACUAGGACGGGUUCAUCGGCAAAUGGGUCAUAAUUUAGAAGCCGUGGACUACCUGCAGCAGGGUUUAGCUAGUGCUCAAUCCAUUGGAAAGUCGGAAGAAGAGGCAAAGAUAAGACAUCAAUUGGGUCUUGCUCUGCAUUCAUCCGGCGAUGCUGAAGGCGCUUGCAUUCAUCUCGAAACAGCCGCCCAGUUAUUGGAAGCUGCACGCUACGAGCAACGAAGUCCAGAGACCCGUCUGUCGCUUUUUGAUCUUCAGACAAACUGCUAUCAUCUUUUGCAACAGCUUUUGGUCUCGCUGCAGCGCAAUGAAGAUGCACUGCUGGCCGCAGAGCGUUGUAAGGCUCGUCUCGGAGCUGACGUGGAUGCGGGCAGUCUACCUCGAAAGGCGACAUUGGGAGGAGCAGAGAGCCUUCAAGACACAGUCAACCGAAGCAAGACGACAGUAUUAUACUAUAGUUUGGCAGGCGACGAGCUAUAUGCCUGGUUGCUCCAGCCACAGACAGGCAUCGCACGUUUUCAUGCUGCGCGAAUCGAUGCACAGAUGCUGCAGAUUCAUGGCACUAUUAGCGAGCACGAUGAAGAGGAUGAUCACACAGACCAGCCACGUCAGGCGGCUGGCCGCCUGGAACGUUAUGUGAAUAUGGUGCGAGACAAUUUGGGCGUCAACUCGGAUAGUAUAUUAUAUGAAGGUGAUGGCAGUGGAUGGCGUGCUAGCAAUGAGCAGCUCCUCGAGGAUUUCCCUGGCAGCGGAAAUGGAUUUUUGCGAAUGGUCAAUCGAAACCAGCUGCUAAAUUCAUCCAACUACUCACUAAGCUCGCUCUUUUCACUGGGAUCCGUAGGCGGCUCGGUGGCGAGCUUGCAGGGUUCCACCCGCUCCGUAGGAAGUCGUAGUUCAAGGAGAGCUCCAAGUCUCCCCACAUGGCAGGGACCCGCUUGCUUACACACUCUCUACAAUUUGUUGUUGGCACCUUUUGACGAUCUUCUGCCCAGUGUUGCCAGCGUCGGACGUACGGGACGACGUGAACUCAUUUUGGUACUAGACAGUGUUCUGUAUCUGGUACCUUUUGCCAUUCUGCGUGCUCCGCGUGAUGAUGGCGAGUAUUUAUCGGAGAGAUGUGCCCUGCUUACCGUCCCCUCGCUGCAGGCCUUGCGUGGUAAAUCAAGAAUUCGCACCACUGGACGUCCACCUACGGCACUGGUAGUGGGUGGACCACGUGUACCUCAAUCUUUAGCCGAACGUUGGGGAUGGGCUUCGGCAGAAUCGCCAGCUGCUUUGCAGGAGGCUGCCAUGGUAGCUGAUAUGCUGCAGGCCACCGCUCUGGCUGGCUGCAAUGCUACUAAGGAGUCGGUUGUGUCCGAGCUAGCUAAUGCCGAGUGUGUACACUUUGCAGCCAAUCUAAGCUGGCAAUUGGGCGCAGUAGUGCUCAGUCCCGGUGACGUGGUAGCUGCCAAACAGGAUCAAGAUCAGGGACAACAAGAGCUAGGUGAACAGCAUGAGCCGCAACUUACAGACUUCACUUUAGCUGCUGCAGAUGUUCGCCAGUUGAAACUCAGUGCCAAGCUGGUGGUACUAAGCUCGUAUCACUCGGUCGAACCAAUAACUGGAGCUGGUGUAGCUCAGUUAGCAGGCAGCUGGCUUCUAGCUGGAGCGGGCGCAGUCUUAAUUUCAUUAUGGCCUGUGCCGGAGACUGCGGCGAAGAUUCUUCUAAGGGCCUUCUACUCGGCUCUUCUUCAAGGAGCUCGUGCAGCACGUGCCCUAGCGGAAGCCAUGCAAACGGUACAGCACACUAAGCACUUUGCCCAUCCUGCCAAUUGGGCGGGUUUCCUGCUUGUCGGCAGCAAUGUACGCCUGUCAAAUAAGGUGGCGCUGAUGGGUCACGCACUGUGCGAACUCUUACGCUCGCCGGAGCGUUGCCGUGAUGCAUUACGUGUUUGUCUGCAUUUAGUUGAGAAGAGUCUCCAGCGUAUCCAUCGAGGCCAGAAGAAUGCUAUGUAUACUACACAGCAAAGCAUAGAAAAUAAGGCGGGACCUGUAGCUGGCUGGAAGGACCUGCUGAUGGCUGUGGGUUUUCGCUUCGAGCCGGCAGCUAAUGGCAUACCGUCAAGUGUGUUCUUCCCACAGGCUGAUCCGGAGGAGCGCUUAUCGCAGUGUUCGGCUAGUCUUCAAGCUCUCCUCGCUCUCACGCCACUCACAUUGCAGGCGCUGGCCAAGUUGGUUAAUAGUCCCGAGCAUGCGGAUGAUAUAAUUGCUGUCUUCCGCAACAUUCUCGCUCAAUUUCCGCCGAAGACCACAGCAACAAUGACGGUGGAUACGGAUGCCUGCAUUGAAAUGCCAUUAAGUGUGCGUCUGUGGCGUGUUGCUGGUUGUCAUGAGUUGCUCGCUUCAGUGGGUUUCGAUCUCACCGAAGUCGGCACAGAUCAGGUGACCUUACGGACUGGCAAGCAAGCGAAUCGUCGUCACUGCCAAUUUGUGUUACAGGCUCUAUUGGCUCUUUUUGAUACCCAAGAAGCACCUAAGAGCCUUGGCCUGGAUUCAGCGCGUAGCAGCAGCUCCGAGUCAUUAGCGGAGGCGGAUGCUCCACAGCCGCCUCCAGCUAAUAAUACACAGGAAGUUCAUGUAACACCACAAACCCAGCCAUUACCUCCACUGCCGUUACAUCCACGUAGCGCCUUCAUAUCCUAUGUGCGACGUCGUGGAGAGCCCGACGGAGGAAGUACAGCCGCCACAGACAGCCAUGCUGCAUUAGCUGCUGCUGCGGCUGGAGUUGACUCUAGCCUGGCCAAUACCACGGACAGCGAGCUUUCCGAUGGAUACACUCCAUUGGCGGCCAAUGGACAACCACCACGUUUCGGUUAUGCCAGUUUGCGGGGACCUGUGCGCGUUUCUCGGCCUGGAGGAGGCGGUGAAAGUGAUGCCACCUUUACACCAAGUCCACCUGUGACCGAUCCUAGCUUGUCUCUGGCCUUGGCCCAUCAGACUCGCAUACGCAGUCUCUAUUCUAGCGGUGCUAAUGUUCAGGCGGCUGCUCCGGCACCACCAAUCGCAGGAAAUGUUGCUCCUGGUCGUCGUCCGGACAGUUCAAGCUCGGCGAGCAGCACCACCGAUUGGGAGGGCUCCGGUCAUGCGACAGUUUUAAGACGUGCAUCCUCGCAGCAACCACCGCUUCCCCCGCCUCGCCCUCUCGCUCCAACCUACCAUAAUUUAGGGGUUGGAGGACGCAUUAAGCCCAAGAUAAAGCUGGGCAGCGCACAAACUUCUGUGGCAGCACGGGUGAACAAAGAGCACGCCCUGUUUAUGGAUCGCCUAAAUGUGCGCACCGAAACGGGAGGCGCUUCUACGUCGAAUAUUGGAGUAUCAGCCACCGGUGCCCGCAAGCCCUUAGCUUUAUCUGAGGAUGAAAGCGGAGCAGCAGCCGCGCUGGCUCUUAAUACAUCGAGUUUAUACUUUUCACAGUCGGACAGCGAGAUGCUUAGCGAAACAGAGCAGGAACUGAAGCUCGAAGGUAGUGGUAAGGAAGCGCCGUCUAAGCCUAGCCAUAAAUCCAUCCAGGACAGUAUUUUGCGACACAUGAAUCGCGAGAUGACGCCCACAAUUUCAGAAGUAUACCACGAACGGAAUUUGGGCUUGGGUCUGGCGCCUCCACUUUCCAAACUGCUGCUCAGUCCCAACUACGAGGAUCACAAUGCACAUGGAGAUGCUGAUGAGAAAGGAGCUGUGGCUGGGGGCAGCAAUAUGGCUGCUGCAGCCAUAAAGACGCUUGUGGAUGCAGUUAGUGAUUUGGAGCUAAGUGGAAGCUCUUCCGGCGCUACAAUACCUACGGUUGUGAAUGAAGGAGAAGCGACUAUUGCUGCCAAUACCGUUGGUGUAAGCGAAAGCACUUGUUCAAUAUGUGGCGAAUCCUCAAAUGUCAUCUGCCAUUGCAAGGCCGCCACUAUGCCCAAAAAAGGAUCUCUAAAACCCUGGCUCAGUAAUUUGCCAUCUGCUAGUCUUGUUCAGGCCAGUGAGCUGACCACUGCAGAUAUUUUAGAGCGUCGACUAGAAGAGGGCGGUGCUCGAAGCCCCAACUUUACGGCUGAGCUGUGUCGUCGCGACGAGGGCGAUGGACGUUCCGUGGCCGAUUCGCAAUGCAGCAGUAACUAUAAGCGUGUGGUGGCCAAUAUGGUAGCAGUUAGUCCAGUUGAUACGCAAACGAAGUCCAGCUCAAAUCUCUCGGCCGCCACCUGUUCGCCCGGCCGUCUGGUAUAA